AUGCUGUCUCGUCGUUAUUUGUUGGCCAUCUGUAUGGCUUUGUGCUUGUUGAAGAGUACAACAACGACUGAAAUUCCAUCAAGUGGUAGAAUUCAUCGUCGAGCGGUCAAAUUUGGCAAAUCAGAAAAUGUUGAAAAAAGAGAAACAAACAUUAUCAAUCAUCACAAACGUCACGAAUUCCUUCCUCGUUCGUCUUUUCGUCAUAAGAGAGGCAAAGAUAACAGCCAACCUCCUGCAAACAACUUGGCAAACAUGCAAGAAUUCGUGACUGAUCUUAUGCAAAUGAACAAAGAUUGGCAAGAACAAUCGAUGGAAGCUCUCAAAGAAGGCAAGACUCCAAAAGAAUUUUCAUGGGAUGAAUUCAACCAGAAAUAUAAUCAUCCUUUAGACUACGGCAACAAAGAUGAUGAUGGUUCCGACAAUUCAGGCGAUGACCAGCCAAAAUCUUCAGCAAAGACAAGUUCUACCACUUCCUCAGAAUCCAAGAAGCCAACUUCAAAGCCAUCAGAAAGCUCUUCAUCCGAAGAAGAUAAGCCAAAACAAACGCAAAAGCCACCACCUCAGCCCAAACCUGAACCUAAACCAGAACCAAAAGAACAACCGCAACCGAAGCCUGAACCGAAACCUCAGCCUAAGCCUGAGCCCAAACCGCAACCCAAGCCUGAGCCUAAACCCGAGCCAAAGCCACAACCAAAACCAAAACCUCAACAGAAUAAUGAUGACAAUAGCGGCAGUGGCGAUGACAAUGAAGGAAAUCAAGAUUCCCAUGGCAAGAGUGGUAUCGGAGGUGUAGUGGCGCAAUUCGGAUUCGCAGGCAAGACGAUGAAAGGUGACAUGACUUACUUUACACCUGACGUCGGCGCUUGUGGAUGGUCAAACACUGAAUCGGAUUUCAUCGUUGCUGUUUCUGCUGAAUUGUUCCAAAUUUUCGGCAAUGGUAUAAGUAAUGGCAAUCCAGUUUGCGGACACAAGAUUCGAAUUUUCAAGAAUGGCAAGAGUGCCAUUGCAACAAUUUCAGAUGAAUGCCCGCCAUGCACGCAAGGUUCGAUCGAUAUGACACCUGCUUUGUUCAAGUAUUUCGAGGACCCAGAUGUUGGAAGAACUUCUGUCACAUGGCAAUUUAUCUGA